AUAUUUCAAAGCCAAGCUAAACAAUGAAGUCAACUUAGCUGCCAUCACUGACAUAUAAAACUUAACCAACAAUAUAACCCAAAUAACUCUUAACACGGAUGCAGACACAAGCACACUCACUCAAUUCAAUUAGAGAAAUGCGUAAAAGGGUCGAUACUUCUUCUUCUUCGUCAGAAUCGAAACCAUCAACCAGUCAAGAAGCCAUAAACGAAGAAUCCAUUAGCAAUAAUGUUGUUUUAAUAAAUGGAAGCACAAUUAGGAGGUCAGGAUUUGUAUGGCUGAUAAUAUUUGGGUUAACCAUAUACUCUUCAUGGGCUGUUUAUACUUAUCAAUUCCAGAAUUUGCCCGUGCCUCUUACACCCGAACAAGCAGGCAAAAGGGGGUUUUCAGAAGUGGCGGCUAUGAAACAUAUUCGUGCUUUAACUCAAUUGGGUCCUCACCCUGUUGGCUCUGAUUCUCUUGAUCUGGCUUUACAGUAUGUUUUGGAAGCAGCAGAAAACAUUAAGAAAACAGCUCAUUGGGAGGUUGACGUACAAGUAGAUCUUUUCCAUACAAAAUCUGGCUCAAAUCGUCUGGCCAGUGGCCUCUUUAAGGGGAAAACACUUGUUUAUUCAGAUCUUAAUCACAUCUUACUAAGAAUCUUGCCGAAAUAUGCAUCUGAAGCAGGAGAAAAUGCUAUUCUCAUCUCUUCCCAUAUUGACACUGUCUUUUCAACGGAAGGUGCUGGAGAUUGCAGUUCAUGUGUGGCUGUUAUGUUGGAACUUGCUAGAGGAAUUUCUCAGUGGGCUCAUGGAUUCAAGAAUGGCAUCAUAUUUUUAUUUAACACCGGGGAGGAGGAAGGUCUAAAUGGUGCUCAUAGCUUUAUAACUCAGCAUCCUUGGAGUACAACUAUUCGCAUGGCUGUUGAUUUGGAGGCCAUGGGAAUUGGAGGGAAGUCUGGCAUUUUUCAGGCUGGUCCUGAUCCAUGGGUUAUUGAGAAUUAUGCAACAGCAGCAAAAUAUCCAUCCGGAAAUGUCUUAGCACAGGAUCUAUUUGCAUCUGGAGUGAUUAAAUCUGCCACAGAUUUCCAAGUAUACAAAGAGGUUGCUGGUCUUUCAGGGCUUGACUUUGCUUACACAGAUAAUAGUGGUGUAUAUCACACUAAGAAUGACAAAUUAGAGCUCCUCAAACCUGGAUCUCUUCAGCAUCUUGGAGAGAACAUGCUUGCCUUUUUGCUUCAGAUUGGUCCGGCAUCUCAUCUUCCAAAAGACAAGAGAACCGUGGAAGAGGGCAAAAGCAGCCGUGACACUGCUGUAUUUUUUGACAUUUUGGGGACAUAUAUGAUUGUAUAUAAUCAACGUUUUGCAAGCAUGCUUCAGAAUUCAGUGAUAAUGCAGUCACUUCUAAUAUGGGCGGCAUCACUGCUUAUGGGUGGUUAUUCAGCUGCCAUUUCAUUGGGCUUGUCAUGCCUCAGUGCCAUCCUCACAUUGGUAUUUUCAAUAAGUUUCUCUGUUUUUGUGGCCUUCAUUCUACCCCAAGUAUCUUCAUCACCAGUGCCCUAUGUUGCGAACCCUUGGUUAGUUGUUGGGUUAUUUGGUGCACCUGCGCUUAUUGGGGCAAUGACUGGCCAACAUUUUGGUUAUUUUAUUCUUCGAAUGUAUUUAUCGAGUGUAUACUCCAAGAGAAAGCAGCUUUCAUCUGUUAUCCAAGCUGAUGUGGUCAAGCUUGAGACUGAAAGAUGGCUGUUUAAAUCUGGUUUUCUUCAAUGGCUUGUCCUUCUGAUAUUGGGAAAUUAUUACAGAAUUGUAUCAUCUUAUAUGGCACUUUUUUGGCUAGUUCCACCUGCAUUUGCAUAUGGCUUGCUUGAAGCAACUCUAACCCCAGCACGGUUGCCAAGGCCUCUCAAACUUGCAACCCUACUGAUGGGCUUGGCUGUACCAAUUGUAAUUUCUGCAGGAACUUUUAUUCGCCUGGCUGGCACUCUAAUAGGGAUUGUGGUUCGAUUUGAUAGGAACCCCGGCGGCACUCCGGAGUGGCUAGGAAAUGUCAUAAUUUCUGUUUUUGUUGCUGUUGUCAUAUGCUUCACUCUCUCUUACAUCAUUUCAUAUGUCCAUCUUUCAGAUGCAAAAAGAUCAAUCAUCCUUGCAACUAGCGUCCUGUUUGGCCUCUCAUUCAUUUUCAUAUUAUCUGGUAUUCUUCCUCCAUUUACUGGAGAUGCUGCCAGAGCUGUGAAUGUUGUGCAUGUUGUGGAUACAACAGGAAGCUAUGGGAAUAAGCAAGAUCCUAGCUCAUAUGUAUCUCUAUUUUCUGCAACUCCUGGAAAAUUGACAAAGGAGGCUGAAGAGAUUGAUGAGGGACUCUCAUGUGGUAGAGACAAGGUGGUUGAUUUUGUUACCUUUUCUGUCGAAUAUGGUUGCUGGACUUAUGAGGAUCCAAAAACUAAGGGCGGAUGGGGUGAUGCAGAUGUUCCCACAUUGCAAGUAAAUAGUGACACCAAGGAGGAUAAACGAAUGACACUAGUUUCAAUUGAUACAAAAGCUUCUAUGCGGUGGUCUCUUGCAAUCAAUACUGAUGAAAUAGAAGAUUUCAUCCUUACAGGGAAUUCAGAGGAAUUAGUUCCUUCCGGUAACAAGAGCAGCAUAGAUGGAUGGCAUAUAAUUCAGUUUUCAGGAGGGAAAGAAGCUCCUAGAAACUUCGAGUUAACACUUUUGUGGGCAAAGAAAGGUAAGAAGUUUACUCACAGUGUGGAUGGACAAACGAUGAAGGACAAACGGCCCCUGUUAAAGCUUAGAACAGAUGUUGACCGUAUAACUCCAAAAGCUGAAAGCAUUCUGAAAAAGCUUCCUCAAUGGUGUUCUCAGUUUGGAAAGUCCACAUCUCCCUAUAAUCUGGCAUUUCUGAGCAGUGUUCCUGUUGAUUUCUAGGUCCCUGAUGAACUGUAGGAGAUAGUGGCCACUAAUUUAUUAUGUUCUUGUUUUUAGAUCUUUAUACACAUCAUGAGUUUGAGAAAAUUCAUGAAACAAAAUGUAUUGUCUAAUCAUUGUAAUGUUCAUUAGAAAAUAAACGUCUUUGUGAUUCA